UCCAGCGGUUUUGUUGGACUCCAGCUCCCGUCAGCCCCAGCCAGAGUGGCCAACAGCCGGGGAUGAUGGGAGUUGUAGUCCAGCCUUGUUUGGAAGGCCUCUGGUUGCCCCCUCCCCAGAUGUUGCUCGACUACAUUCUCCCUGGCUCCUGGCCAUGUUGGCUGGGCUGAUGCGAGUUGCAGUCUGGCCUUUUUUAUAUAUCUAUAUAUAAUUUUGUUGUCUUUUUAGUCCAUCUCUCUUUAAAUUACUAGAUAGUUCACUGAAUUUAAGCCGUGCAACCUUCUGAGUCACACGUUCAUGCCAUUUAGGAUUGCUUUAGACAAUGCAGGGGGAACAAAGUCCAACGACUUCCCUCAUUGACAGAACCAUUGAGAUGAGGAAAGAAACGGAAGCAAAGAAAGUGGUCUUGGCAUGGGGACUUCUUAACCUCUCAAUGGCUGGCAUGAUUUAUACUGAAAUGUCUGGAAAAAUAAUAAGUUCCUAUUAUAACAUUUCGUCUUGGUUACUAUGGUAUAUUGAACUUGUGUUUGCAUCUUUGUUCAGCCUCAACGCCUUAUUUGAUUUCUGGAGGUAUUUUAAAUAUACUGUGGCCCCAACCAGCUUGGUUAUGAGUCCUGGACAGCAGACCCUCUUGGGCUUACAAAAUGCAGCUGUCCAGACUACUCCGCCACGUGAGCUGCUGCCAAAGAAAACGCCUCCUUCGACGACGCCUCCUCCUAUCCAGGGGCAGAGUGUGCUGAGCUUCAGCCCUUCCCGCUCGCCUAGUGCCAGCCCCAAAUUUGCCACCAGCUGCAUGUCUGGCUACAGUCCUCAGCUUCAGGCUCUGUCGGGUAGCGCCGGCUCUUACAGUACAGCGAUGAGCUAUUCCCCAGGCAGCUGCUACAGUAAGGUCCCACCUUUUAGCCCUUCCCCGAGUACUACACCGUACCCUACCAGCAUCGGUCCAAUGGACAGCAGCGGAAUGAGGUCCCGGUAUCGCUCUUCGCCAACUGUAUACAAUUCCCCUACUGGCAAGGAAGACUAUAUGACAGACCUAAAGUCAUUAGACGCCUUCCUUCGGGGGGAGGAAGAGAAGCACCAUAGAGUUCAGCUGGGGAGCUCAGAUUCCAGUUCUCCUUCUAGCAGUCCGACCUUUUGGAACUACAGUCGUUCCAUGGUAGACUAUGCCCAGAUGCUCAGGAAGUUCCAGUACCAACCUGCGUGCAGGUCCCAAGCCCCCUCAGCGCACAAGGAUGAAGCCGAGUUGAGUUCCAAGCAAGCUGCUGAAGAGGUUUGGGCAAGAGUGUCAAUGAGCAGGCAACUGCUCGAUCACGUCGACUCCUGGACUGCUAAAUUCAGAAAUUGGAUUAAUGAAACAAUUUUAGUGCCGCUUGUUCAGGAGAUUGAGUCUGUGAGCACUCAGCUGCGGAGAAUGGGGUGUCCAGAGCUGCAAAUUGGAGAUGCCAGUAUCAGCAGUCUGAAGCAAGCCGCCUUGGUAAAAGCUCCACUUAUUCCUACACUAAACACAAUUGUGCAGUACCUGGACCUUACGCCAAACCAGGAAUAUUUGGUAGAAAGGAUCAAAGAGCUUUCUCAAGGAGGGUGCAUGAGUUCAUUCAGAUGGAAUCGAGGUGGAGACUUCAAAGCACGCAAAUGGGACACUGAUUUGCCAACAGACUCUGCAAUCAUUAUGCAUGUGUUCUGCACAUACCUUGACUCCAGGCUGCCACCUCAUCCAAAAUAUCCUGAUGGCAAAACGUUUACCUCUCAACACUUCCUUCAGACACCUGAUAAGCCAGACAUUUCAAAUGAGAACUUGUUUUGCAUCUACCAGAGCAUCAUCAACCCUCCUCAUUAUGAACUUAUUUACCAGCGACAAGUCUACAAUCUUCCCAAGGGCAGAAACAACUUGUUCCACACCUUGCUUAUGUUUCUGUACAUCAUAAAGGCUAAAGAGUCUGGGAUGCUUGGGCGGGUCAACCUUGGCUUAUCUGGUGUGAACGUUCUGUGGAUUUUUGGAGAGUAGCUGCCAAUCCCUCUAGCAGAACUCCCAUUUGACAUGGAGAUAAACACUUCAGCCUGUUGUGGGAAGAGAACUCAGCAGCUUGCCGAACUUACUGCCUUGAAAACAUGGUUUGGAUAUGUACAAAAAUGUUUUUGUUUUUUUUAAAAAACAACAACAGUAUUUGGUAAAAUGUGAAAUACUUUCAGCAUCAAAGCCAAACUGUUUCUGUGAACAAUUUCACUUGAAGAUCAUGAUGGGGAAGUUCCAUUGGUUUUAGAUGAACUGACUUGCCUUUUGGAGAUCACAGCUUCUAGAUAGCAGAGCAGAAGAUCACUUGAAGGGGCCUGUUUGCCCCACCCCACCUGUCUCUGGAGAUUCACAUAGGUAUGACACCAAGUCAAUGACUUCAUGCAUUGCUGAACUGAAUCCAAGCUAUCCAAGUGAGGCUGUGCGCUACUGGAUGCAGCAUCUGUCUUACUAGGCCAAAAAGAAGUUAUCAUGUAUCGAGCCACAGGGACCAAAUAAAACCAGGAUUCUGUUUGGUCUCUAGGCCACAAAGAUAUGUGCCUUUCACCUCUAGCACAUAAGUGGUUCGGUGUCCUUUGUUUUUAAAAGGACAGCACUGUAGCUACUCCAGCAACUACUACUGAUUUGUUCUGAGAAUACUCAGAGCAAGUUUUAAAGCAGAAAAUAGCAGGUGUCCCUCCUUUGGCAUGCCCUUUUUUCAGGGCACAUUGAAGAUGUGUAUUUUGGAUUCAAACUUAACUUUUUUAUGGGAUGCAAAGAAGUGAACUGCCUCUCAACAAGCUUCUAGAUCUCAGAAAGAGACUGUUUUCCUUUCUUCCACACUGCACUUAAAAAUAUAGGGGUUUCCAUUAGUCCAUGACCUGGAGACAUCUGCUGCUGUCCCAAGAUCUGAUAAAAGACCUGGCCUACAACAGUUGAACUUCAUUAUGCCAUUCUAGCAGAGCUGUCCCAUGAGUCUUAUUGCCAAGCAGACUAGUAGUUUUUUUCCUCCUAGGUUAUGACUGUGGAGGGUAGGCCGAAUAGAUGUCCCAUGUCUUUGGAUAAUUUAACAGGGUGCACACAAUCCACUAGAAAUGUUUCCUGUCCAAGCCCUAUCGGCAUGCAUGGAUGUUGCUUCCGUUCAUGUCAGCAGGACCUGCACAGGAGACAUUCCUAGUAGGUUGUGGGCAUCUUGGUUGCAGCUGUGCUGCUGUUUUCUUAUAGGCGAGCAGCUUAACACCCUGAGUGCUUGAUGGUUUUGGAAAGGAAGCUGCUGCUGGGGCAAUUGUUACACCUUUUAAAAAUAUGGUUUCCCUUGCAAAAAGAACAAAAACUUAGCAUGCACAUCUUGUUACACCAGCAUUUGACAAACAGAGCAAUUUCAAAUAUUCUAACUCUUUUAAAGAAAUGAGCUUAAAAAAAACCCUAACCCUCACCAAUGUAAUUCAUAGCUCUGCAAGAGUAGUGUGCGAUACAAUUUGUACAUCUCUUUUAAUUAAGCCAGCCAGAAGAUUGCAGCCCUUUGUCUCUUAAUACAAUUUUGUAAAACCAUCCCUCAAAAUGGUUUUCCUAGAUCACGCCAUGAUCUGGUGCAGCAUAUUUGUAAGCAAGGCUUCCUUUGUUGCCUUGACAAUGUGUGUUUGUGCUCUCUUUUGUAGGAGUGAACCAGCUGGUGAGAUGGCAGAAACUGGUUUAUGCUGCUUCUGCAGUUACUAGUCAUAAGCCGUAUUCCUGUUUAUUACAUUUUAUUACAUUUUUCUCUUUCAAGUCAUGAUUUUCUCAGGGAGUUGGGACCUUUGUUGAUACCUAUCUUGCUGCUGUCAUUAAAACAUUUUUUAUUUGUG